AAUGACUUUGGGGUUUCUUCGCUAAUUGAUAUCUGUAUUUAACUUCACGCAACACCUGGGACAGCUGCCCCUCGUGUAAUAGCUUGACCAACCCCAGAUCGCACAGGAUUUCGGGUAAGCUUCAGCCGGCAGCUUCGUCGGUCUUGCUGGAAGUGCUACGCGAUCAUUGUGUUCUCCGGUGAUGAUAACAAACCUCUGCUUAGGCAAUGGCAAUCUUGAUUUCUCGCUGUUGUCAGUGAAGGCUUGUAUUGACUACAACGGUAUCUGAGGAGAACAACAAUGACGCACUUGGCUUCUAUCGGGGUUGGCGAUGGCUACCGUCCAGCUCGUAACUGAAGAGUUUCUUGCUGACUCUUCCCUGUAGUUAGAGAUAUCGAAGCAAUUGAAUUGAGCGUCUAAUCUUUAUUAAAUAUGGCUUCAUCCAAUUCCCUUCCUAGACCGGCUCCGGAGACUGCUGCUCCUGGCAAAUCCGAGUCAUCUCAGAAUCAUGCUUCUCCAGCUCGCCCUUCGCGGCCUGCACGGCCUCCGCGACCUAACUACCGCCUCAUUCAUCGCUUCCCCUUCCCGGUCGAGGUGCAUCCUCUCCCUCCUCUCAUCCCCCAUAACCCGCUCUCGCUCGUCAGCGUGCUGCUUUCCUACCUGACGUACUUUAUCUCCCCUCCGCAUCAGGAAAUCUACUCGGCCUACUUUGACACCGCCACCUCCUCGGUUCAUGUCACGGAUCCCAAGGCUAUCAAAGCCCUCUGGGAGAUGGGCUUCUUCGGCAAGGGCACCCUCAGUCGAAGUGAGCCGAGUUGGCUUGAGCGUGAGAAAAAGAGGCGAGGACUACUCGGGGGGAUGACCAGCGAGGAGGUUACACGGCAGCGACGGACGGAACGCCGCGAGUUGAAACUAGAGCGGGCGAGGAUGGAAAAGCUUGCCAUUGAGGAGCGACUCAAGGCCGAAGCAGCGGCGAGGGAAGGCGGCAUGAUGCCCCCCGAGCAGUCGGUCCUCUCACCAACCCCGAACGGUGUCACGGACGGUACAAUACCCGUUACGGAGAAGUUCUCCCUCAGGAAGGCUAGGGAAGCCCGGCUCCUAGAGUCGCAGCGGGCAGUGUCACAAGACGGCAGUGUCCACCCCCCUACUCCCUUAGGAAAGCGGACACCCAGUGGCAACAAGACGGUGCGGUUCUCUCCAGUAGUUCAGGCCAAGGAGUUCGUUUCCGAUUCGGUUAUCUCGAGUUUGCCGGAAAAGCCUGUAGACCGACAGGAGGCGAAUGAGGAGCCGGUAUUGAACAAUGAGGAGCACCUUCAAUUAUCCACCGAGGAGGCCUUCUUUCUUGUCUACGGGCUUGGCGUCUUGCGUGUUCUCGAUGAUACGCGAACAGAUGUCAUUCCCACCUCUUCCCUGCUGCCGUUGUUGUGUCGACACUCGUACUUCCCCCCUCGGGACCCGUCGGUAGAUCUCACGCCGGAUGAUCCGUUCAUGAUCUCCUAUGUCGUGUAUCACCAUUUCCGGUCCCUGGGGUGGGUUGUGCGCUCCGGUGUCAAGUUUGGCGUGGACUAUAUCCUCUACAACCGCGGCCCCGUCUUCUCGCAUGCGGAGUUUGCGGUUGUGGUCGUCCCGUCCUAUAGUCAUUCCUACUGGUCUGAAACGGCCGAGCGCAGGGCGCAUUCUGAAGAGAAAAUGGCGCGCAGUUGGUGGUGGCUGCAUUGUGUCAACCGGGUGCAGGCGCAGGUGAAAAAGAGCCUGGUGGUUUGCUACGUGGAAGUGCCGCCGCCAACCUCCUACGAGCUGGACACGCCCUGCGAGGGAGAUAUCGGAGCUAUGCUGGGUCGGUAUCAAGUCCGGGAGAUGGUGAUUCGCAGAUGGGUCCCUAAUCGGACUCGGGACUAAUUGGCGCAUUCUUUGGCUUUCUGUACUAUACGCAGCGUAUUCCCUGGCGUUGGGUUUGGCAAGACAUUACACCUCGCUCAUUGUAACAUAUGUAACCAUGAUUCCUUACGAAAUCGUUGUCAGGAUCAUUGGCUAGGAGAUCCCGAUUGAAAAAUGCAACACCACCCC